UUUUCAUUCACGAACAGCUGUUUGCAACUUGACGUUUGUGAUAACGUGUGUUAGUGAGUAGUGUUUCGUUUAUUAUUUUGUUAAAAUUCAUAAGAAACUGUUGAAAUAAAACUGUUAAUAAGGCAAUUUAAAAAGAAAUGGCUUCACGUGGUGCAAUGUUAUUAGGACAGUGCAUGCCAUGCAUUAAGAAAAACGCUUCCAAAAUACGCAUACGACACAUGGAGUUGGAUAAGAACCUGAAUAUGUAUUUCAAAAAGGAUGAAUACUUCUUUGCGCAUGAUCCCGAGAAAGUUUGUAAAACUGGCGAUAUUGUGCUGAUACGCGAAUUGCCACAACGUUUGACACGCUUAAUCUCCCACAAAGUUGAAAAAAUAGUUUAUCCAUUGGGUGACAUAACAGAUCCAUUGACCGGCAAAAAAGUUGUGGUGGGCAAAUACCGCGAUGAAAUUGAAGCAGCAAACCGUUUGUAUGGCAAAUCUGAGAAAGCAUUCGACUACGAGAAAGCACCGCCGCGUGGACGUCUGGAGGGUACAAGAGAUUUUACACAUGGCGAAACCUAUAUCAAAUACCACGAAGAUGGCAAGGAUCAGCCAUUCGGUGUGUAGUAUUACUAAGUAAUAUAUUGUUUUUAGUCUAAUUUUAAUAAUUGUUCGCAAUACGGAAAGUUGAAUAAAGUGUCUUUUUAAUGAAAAAUAA